AUGUUAGAGGUAUGCACUUUCUUCACCCUGCACUUCGAUGUACUCACCGUAUUCGUGGCAUCAUACCAUCAGGAUCAACUCAAGGAUCUUGAACUCCUGCUCUGUGACGCCCGGAUCGUGGUGGAACUGGCCGCGGCGAAUAACGAACCACUCACUGCACAAGAGCUCGCGGCUCUUCAAGUCAAGUGCGUCGAGUUGCAGAUUAAACAGGAGGCGGCACGCGCAUCGAACCAGUUGCAACAUAGUGACAUCACACUUCAAGAUCUCGAACUCGCGCUACUCACACAGCGGAUCAAGUGCGCUACCUUGGCUCUCAACGGCGCUAACGACGCCGACAGGCGUCUUGCCGAUCUGCGGGUUAAGCGCUCGGCGUUGCUCCUGUCACAGUGCAAGAAGCAUGCUCAGCACCCUUCCACUUCAGACACUUUGCGGUCGGCAUCUACUGCGGCAAUAACUAGCUUGAGCGACCCGGUAACGAGGCCUGUGCAUACGCCUUCUUGGGAUCCGGCACUCGUUCCCAAUGCCUCGUUUGAACUGACACCCGGCCUCUCGCGUGCUUCGCUUUCUCGGGACUCGUCACCUCACACUUCCUCAACGGGCUCUGUUCUUUUGGCGCCCGGUGUUCUCACCGACAAGCCCGUCAUACCUCACGGCAGCCCCAAUCCUACCGUGGCCAUCGACGACCGCAACGAAGAUGAACACACUGGCGGCGUCGAGCGCGAGCUCAUUGGGGAGGAUGUGCGCCAGCCCACGAGCAUUGUCCACGAGGCGCCGAAGCUUUGCAAGGACUUGACCGCUAUCAUCGACAUCGAUGAUGCCGGGGUGGCCCGCGCUCUUACCCCGCCGCACGCUCGGUCACACGGGAACACUCCCGAUGUCCUCUUGCAGGCCGACUGCGGCGACGACGCCUCUGCGCUGGGGGACGACGAUGCCCCGUUCAUGUUCGUGGGCUCUCCCCAUGCGCCCAGGACCGUGCUGGAGGCGCACGCGAACAAGUCGGGUUUGCCGCAGAAGACGCCUCCGAAGGCGCACACUAACAAGUCGAGUUUGCCUCUGAAGGCGCUAAUUAAUGCGUGCAAGUCGGAUUCGCCGCAGAAGACGCCUCCGAAGUUGAAUGCUAAACCUCACACAGCCGUAGGGGCCGGCCAACCAGGUCAGCCCAUACUGGUACACUAA